AUGUCAGAUAUCCAAGCCAAUUUAAAGGCUGCUGUAUACCUAGCAGUGUCAACUAUGGUAGAAGAAGAGCUUGCCAGCUCUAAAACUACCCCAUCUCCAACGUUUGUUGCAUCGUUAGUUGAGCUUGUUUACAACCAGCUAGCCAACUUGGGAGAGGACUUGGAACUGUUUGCAAAUCAUGCAGGCAGAGUGACUAUCAAUCCUUCUGAUUUAUACAUGAUCACAAGAAAGAACAAUAUACUUACAGAAGAGUUGAAAAAGUAUGAGAAUAAAAUCAACGAACAGUGA